UGAGUCUCCCCUCAUCUCUGUUGUUUCGUCAGUAAACAACUGCUGGAGGAUACAUACUGCUAUACAAUCAUGCCUCCAUUACAAGGUGAAGAGCGAAUGCUGACUGUCUUCGCGGACGUCCAUUCCUACUUCACAGAGCCUACUCCCAAACCCAUCCAUCAUCGAUUCGAUAAGGGCUCAUAUCUCUACAUCUACCACGAUGCUGCUCAGCACAAGUCCCGGAUUGAGGUCGCCAAUAACCCCGGAACGCCUUUCCAGGAUGCAUUCAAUGGAGCGCUGGACCGUAUCCAUAUAGACCAUUCCACUCGUUUCCCCACUCUCUGCACCGUGACAGUCGAUGGACCAGAUCCCAAUCCUCAAGCGUUUCCUCCUCCGCCCAAUCCCGCUAGUCUCUAUGAAUGGCGAUUGCCCAGCAGCGACCAGAACGAUCUCUUCCGCCUGCACACGCUGGACGUGUAUUUCUGGACGCAGGAAGACGUCGACCAGUUCCUAGAUGUAAUGGAGCACAUAUUGUCCCCAUCGCAAAUUGCAUCAGACAGACACCCGCAGCUGGAGAACCACAGUCACGAAGAGGAUCAUAACAACAUCAGUUCAGUGGUACAGCAGCUCGAGAACGUCGCUGUGACAGACCCGGCCUAUCAAAACGGCCAGACGCGAAAUUCUCGAACUGAAGCGUUCCCAACAUCGAACACAACGCCGGUGCAUAUUGGAAUGAGCACCUUCCCGCCUCCCCCUCCAUCAGCAACAUUACCUCCUGCGCCCGCUGCUGCUACUCCGAGCAUUAGCCCGACCCAGCAAGCAACGCCUUGCUCCCAACCAUCAGCAGAGCAACACAAUCAAGAACCCGCACAAGGCGCACCGCUUCCAUACAACCCCGCCGCACCAGCCGCCCCGGAACCCAUCCAGCACCGCGAAAAGACCCCACCCCCGGCAGACGGCGUAGACGGGACCGGCCUACAAGCGGCUGUGGCAGCCGACCAUGGCAUCCCAUACACGCCCCCAUCACAAACCCCAGGCGCCUUCGCACCCCCUCCAACACAGCCUCUGCCCUAUUCAAUGCCUGGAAGCUACGCAUCCCCACCACCCAGCGCUGGAUUACCUCCAAGUAGUGCGCCUGGUCUGACACACUCCGGGUCCCUCUCUUCCCGCUCCUCAUCCGUCCAAAGUCCCCCGGGGGCGUCACUCAUGCCCGCAUACGCGGCUAGUCCAUCAUCCCCGUUCUUCCCCGGAAAUGUACAACAACCGCAACAAGCCAGCAGGACGGGAUCCCUUUCUUUUGCGCCCCCUCCUCAAUCUCAACCCCAGUCCCAGGUUCAGCUCCAGGCUCAGCCCCAGGCCCAAGCUCAAACCCAAGACCCCAACUCAUACCUCCAACUUCAGCAACUCCAGCAACAAUAUCUCUACAACUCUCAAAAUCCUCAAGCCCAACUCCAGCUCCAACUCCAACUCCAGCAACAGCAACAACAACUUCAACAGAAACAGCAGCAGCAACAGCUCGCCCCCGCCGCACAAAUCGGAGCCUUUUCUAUCCCCAAUACCAAUGAACAUGAUCCCAAUGCUCAUCUCUACGCAGCACAACAACAGUUACAGCUACAGCAGCUACAGCAGCUACAGCAGCAGCAGCCGCAACAGCAAACGCUCUCAAAGGGCGCCGAUUCCGCGCCCACGCAGAAAUCGGGCAAAUUGGAGAAUCGUGCUGCGAGGGUUGAGAGUGGGGUUAAUCGGUUUUUGAAGAAGUUGGAGAAGAGAUUGUAAACGUAGGACUUUGGUUCUGGGUUUUGUUUAUACGUAUAUCAGAUUGUGAUUUUUCCUGUGAAUAUGAUAGGAUGGUAUAGUAAUGCAUGAGUAUGAUACCCUAAGUUGUACGUGACCUUGUAGAAAUGUAAACAAAGCGAAACUAUCUGAAAUGUAUAAUUCAAUGCUAACCUAACUACCUACAGUGCAAAUAUGAACAAGAAAGGAGAUGAAUCAAUAUCCACAAACUGUACCACUGUACAAACCCAAUGAAAUCAUCCAAAUAACAUAUCUCCAUUCACAAAUUGACAAGUAAAACAGUAAAAAGG